AUGACCAAUAGUCUGUGGAGGAGCCAGAACAGCAGCUUCCACCCAAAGGAGACCACCGUCUCAGAACAAGCGGAGACUGUAAUUGGCAUUUACCUGCUGACUCUCGGUUGGUUCUCCUGGUUUGGAAACAGUGUGGUGAUAUUUGUGCUGUGCAGGCAGAAAACAACACUACAAGCAACAGAUUGUUUAACCUUUAACCUGGCUGUAUCAGAUGCCAGUAUCUCUCUGUUUGGAUACUCCCGUGGAAUUAUUGAGAUUUUCAAUGUAUUUCGAGACGAUAGGUUUCUGAUUACCUCAAUAUGGACGUGUCAGGUUGAUGGUUUCCUCACACUACUCUUCGGUCUGUCCAGUAUUAACACUCUCACGGUAAUCAGCAUAAUAAGAUAUAUUAAAGGCUGUCACCCAUACAAAGCUCAAUAUAUUAACAGACGGAACAUAAACCUGUUGAUGACACUGAUAUGGGUGACUGCUCUCUUCUGGUCAGCAUCCCCUUUGUUCGGAUGGGGAAGUUACACAGACCGGAUGUAUGGAACAUGUGAGAUAGACUGGGGCAGAGCAGUGUUCUCCACUGUCUACAAAUCCUACAUAGUCUCCAUCUUUGUCUGUUGCUUCUUCCUGCCAAUGUCCAUCAUGCUGUUCUCUUAUAUCUCCAUCAUCAACACCGUCAAGUCAAACCGGGCGCUGACAGGAGCAGAGGUUCAAGGAGAGCGGCAAAGGAAGCUGGAGAGGGAUGUAACUCGGGUUUCCAUGGUGAUCUGCACCGCAUUCAUUAUAGCCUGGUCACCAUAUGCAGUGAUCUCCAUGUGGUCAGCAAGUGGGCACCAUGUCCCAAAGCUUACCAGCCUGCUCGCCAGCCUCUUUGCCAAGUCUGCCAGCUUCUACAAUCCCAUCAUCUACUUUGGAAUGAAUUCCAAGUUCCGCCGGGAUGUCUUGAUGCUCCUGUUCUGUGUCAGCGACAAGGACAAUGUGAAGCUCAAACGGAUCAAACGGUGUCCAGAGAGAGGCCUGGAAUAUGAGGCAGAUGUGCUAAGGGCCAGCCCCAACUCUGGGCCGGACAGCCCAAAUGACAGGGACCAGGGAUCAUCGUACUUCCCCAACUCUGCGAAUUCAGGUUAUGAAUGUGACAGACUGUGGAACUGGUGUUCGUUGUUGAAGAUGUUACUGCUGCUGGUAUUAGCUUUUUCAGGUAUUACUGGUGUGGAACUGGUGUUCGUUGUUGAAGAUGUUACUGCUGCUGGUAUUAGCUUUUUCAGGUGUAACUGGUGUUCGUUGUUGAAGAUGUUACUGCUGCUGGUAUUAGCUUUUUCAGGUAUUACUGGUGUGGAACUGGUGUUCGUUGUUGAAGAUGUUACUGCUGCUGGUAUUAGCUUUUUCAGGUGUAACUGGUGUUCGUUGUUGAAGAUGUUACUGCUGCUGGUAUUAGCUUUUUCAGGUAUUACUGGUGUGGAACUGGUGUUCGUUGUUGAAGAUGUUACUGCUGCUGGUAUUAGCUUUUUCAGGUGUAACUGGUGUUCGUUGUUGAAGAUGUUACUGCUGCUGGUAUUAGCUUUUUCAGGUAUUACUGGUGUGUAA